AUGUCAGUACAUAGAGAAGAAAUCAAUUUAUCGCAAUUACCGCACGAAUUUAACGAACCGGUUGAAUUCGCUAUUAUCGGUGGUACGGGAUUGUACGACUUGCCAAACUUAAAGCCGGUGGCAAGAUUGACUAUUUCUACGCCAUGGGGUUAUCCAUCGUCGCCAAUUACGAUUUCUGUUACAGACAGUGGGUUUCCAGUUGCGUUUUUGGCCAGACACGGUCAGAAGCAUGAUUUAUUGCCUACUGAUGUGCCCUCUAGGGCCAACAUGGCAGCAUUGAAGAAAAUUGGGGUCAAGGCUAUCGUGGCUUUUUCAGCCGUUGGAUCCUUACAGCCAGAAAUUAGACCAAGAGAUUUUGUUAUUCCUACGCAGGUGAUCGAUAGAACCAAGGGUAUCAGACCAUCGACCUUUUUCGAAAAGGGGUUUGUGGCCCAUGCUAUGUUUGGAGAACCAUUUGAUCUCAAGUUGAACAAGCUUAUAACCGACAGCUUUGAUACGACUGGUUUCUUGGACCAGCAUGACAACAAGGGCGUCCCAACCUUCCACAGUAAGGCUAAGACCAACAAGGGCGAAGACUUGACCUUGAUCUGUAUGGAAGGUCCUCAAUUCAGUACUAGAGCCGAAUCCAAGUUGUACAGAUCGUGGGGUGGCUCUGUCAUCAAUAUGUCUUGUUUGCCAGAGGCCAAGUUAGCAAGGGAAGCCGAAAUUGCCUACCAAAUGAUUUGUAUGUCCACCGACUACGAUUCAUGGAACGAGGACGAAGAGCCAGUCACCGUGGAGACCGUGGUGGGUAACUUGAAGGCCAAUUCGGCCAACGCGUGCAAAAUGGCCACCAAGUUGGUCGAUAUCAUCGCCCAAGAGUUCACCUCUGGCUCCUUGGGACUUGGUGACGAUCUCCAGGGCUCAAUGAAGUACUCCGUCAGCACCAGUCCUCAAGGUGUCAAGAAAGAGGUUUUGGAGAAGAUGCACUUUUUGUUCCCUGGUUACUGGCCCGUCCACUAG